AUGACUCAGUGGUAUCAAUUGCAGCAACUUGAUUCCAAAUUCUUGGAGCAAGUACACCAGCUGUAUGAUGACAGCUUUCCCAUGGAAAUCAGACAGUAUCUGGCACAAUGGCUGGAAAAUCAAGACUGGGAGCAUGCUGCCAACAACGUUUCAUUUGCUACGGUAUUGUUCCAUGACCUCCUAUCACAGCUAGACGAUCAGUUCAGUCGGUUUUUAAUAGAAAACAACUUUUUGUUGCAACACAACAUCAGGAAAAGCAAACGUAAUCUUCAGGAUCAUUUUCAAGAGGACCCAAUACAAAUGGCAAUGACAAUCUUCAACUGUCUGAAGGAAGAAAGGAAAAUACUGAGCAGCGCCCAGUUGUCAGACCAGAUGCAGGUGGGGAACAUACAGAAUACUGUAAUGCUGGACAAACAGAAGGAGCUGGAUAUGAAAGUCAGGAGUGUGAAGAACAAUGUUGUGGAAGUAGAACAAGACAUCAAGACUCUAGAGGAUGUGCAAGAUGAAUAUGACUUUAAAUGCAAAACCUUACAGAACAGAGAAAAUGAGACCAGUGGAGUGGCACAGGAUGAAUAUAAGAAAGAACAGCUCGUCCUCCAGAAGAUGUUUCUAACACUUGACCUUAAGCGAAAGGAAGUGGUGAGCAAAAUAAUAAAUCUGUUGAAUAUAUCAGAGCACACACAAAGUGCUUUGAUUAAUGAAGAGCUUGUUGAAUGGAAGCAUAGACAACAAAUUGCUUGUAUUGGUGGCCCACCCAAUGCCUGCCUCGACCAGCUACAAAACUGGUUCACUAUUGUUGCCGAGAGUCUUCAGCAAGUUCGCCAGCAGCUUAAAAAGCUUGAGGAAUUGGAGCAGAAAUUUACAUAUGACCCAGAUCCCAUUACAAAAAACAAACAAGUCCUGCAAGACCGCACAUGCAAUCUUUUCAAACAACUCAUUCAGAGUUCUUUUGUGGUGGAGAGGCAGCCUUGCAUGCCAACUCAUCCUCAGAGGCCAUUGGUCCUGAAGACUGGAGUGCAGUUUACAGUAAAACUGAGAUUGCUGGUGAAGCUACAGGAACUGAAUUAUAAUUUAAAAGUGAAAGUCUUAUUUGAUAAGGACGUGAAUGAGAAGAACACGGUAAAAGGGUUCAGAAAAUUUAACAUUCUGGGAACAAAUACAAAAGUAAUGAACAUGGAGGAAUCCACUAAUGGAAGCUUAGCAGCAGAGUUCAGGCAUCUGCAAUUAAAGGAACAAAAAAAUACAGGAAGCAGAACUAAUGAGGGUCCUCUCAUUGUAACAGAAGAACUUCAUUCCCUCAGCUUUGAAACUCAGCUGUGCCAGCCUGGGCUGGUAGUAGAUCUAGAGACCACAUCCCUUCCCAUUGUUGUGAUCUCAAAUGUGAGCCAGCUUCCAAGCGGAUGGGCUUCCAUUUUGUGGUACAACAUGCUGACUACUGAACCAAAGAACUUGUCUUUCUUUCUGAACCCACCUUGUGCAAGAUGGUCUCAACUUUCUGAAGUGCUGAGUUGGCAGUUCUCUUCCGUAACUAAGAGGGGACUUCAUGCAGAUCAGUUGAGCAUGCUGGGGGAGAAACUUCUUGGUCCAACAGGUGGAGGCUCUCUUGAUGGCCUUAUUCCUUGGACAAGAUUCUGCAAGGAAAAUAUAAAUGAUAAAAAUUUUCCCUUCUGGCUGUGGAUUGAGGGCAUCCUUGAACUCAUUAAAAAACACCUCUUGUGUCUCUGGAAUGAUGGCUGUAUCAUGGGUUUUAUCAGUAAGGAGAGAGAACGUGCUUUGUUAAAGGACCAAAGGCCAGGGACCUUUUUACUGAGAUUUAGUGAAAGUAGCCGAGAAGGAGCCAUCACUUUUACCUGGGUAGAGGGAUCCCAAAAUGAACCUCAGUUCCAUUCGGUAGAACCUUAUACCAAGAAGGAGCUCUCAGCUGUUACUUUCCCUGAUAUCAUUCGCAACUACAAAGUGAUGGCGGCCGAAAAUAUUCCUGAAAAUCCACUGAGCUACCUGUACCCGAAUAUUCCCAAAGAUAAUGCCUUUGGGAAAUACUACUCCAGACCCAAGGAGACCUCUGAGCCUAUGGAUUUAGAUGGCCCCAAAGGGAAUGGAUACAUCAAGACUGAAUUAAUCUCCGUAUCUGAAGUCCACCCUUCCAGACUCCAGACCACAGAAAACCUCUUACCCAUGUCUCCUGAAGAUUUUGAUGAGGUGUCUCGAAUGGUGAGCCCUGCAGAAAUUGAUACUGUGAUGUGUUCAGCCUAUCCAACUUAAGUGUUAUUCGUCUCUUUACUAUACUGUUUGCACGUGUCCAUCCUUAAGUAGCUUGCAUUUUUCUGCUUCCCUGUUUCACAGCCUGCAGGGGUAUGCAUCAAGGCUGUGCGGUCUGUGACAAGCUUUCCCUACAUUCUGAAGAAACCCCUUGGAUUGUGUGGCACACUAGUGCAUCAGACUGGAGCUUCAGUUCAAUUAAGGAAUUGAGGUUCUUAAUGAGUUCAGUGUGAAAAUGAGUAAUACCCAGAAUAGCCUGUAUGUUACUGAUUGUGAUAUUACAUUCAUUUAAUUGUAAUUUUCAAUGAGCUAGAGAAUUUUCUGUCACCACUGUGAAACUCCAGCACAGAAGGUGGAGGGGGAAAAGCUGGAAAUCCUAGCAACAGGGUAGAGGACAGAUGGGGCUCUUGGUUGGGAGAGCAGCGUGGGAUUAUGGGAGAAGCCCAUGUUUCUACUAAAUUUAUCGUAAAGGAAAUAGUUAUGUUGACAUUUACAAUGUUGUCUGUAGGUUUUAAAGUAAAGGUAAUUCACACCUCCGAGAUUGGUUUCAGGCUGCCUGCAUACUCAGGCAGACAAUAAGCUUCAGUUUGCACUUGGCUCACACUUGGAAGGCUUUCUUCUGCAAUGAGGAGGUCUGGGAUAUUUUCUUUUAAAUGAAAGCUUAGAUACUUUCUCAAAGAGUACAGCCACAAACUGCACUGACCUGUGUCUGCUUCUGCUCUGCUAAAUCAGUGGCAUAUCCUUCAUUGUAAAUAAAAACUAGCAUGUUGUUAUGGUAAGCGUGAAAUCCACAACAGUUACUGUACUGCUCAUUGAGAAAAGAAACACCAAUUCAAUAGGAUGUCUCACAAAAUCUUUUUCAUGUAGAAAAUCCCCAAAGGCAUCAUGUCACCCUAAAGAACAGUGUUUGAACAUGCGCUGCAGAUUCUGCUUUCUAUUACGGCAUAAAGGAAUUGAAAGCUAGACGUAGAAUUACAGCCAGUACCUUACUGAAGUACAGUUCAAUAAAAUCUGCGUGAGGCAGCAGAGAGAUGUUUUCUCAGAGGAUCCUUUAUACGAGCACUGCCCUCCCUCCAACCAUCAUUGUAAGCUGACUGCACAGACACCAGACACUACCCCUCUGCCAGUAGUUACUUAUGGAGGUGGAGGUGCUUUGAUAUUGUCAGAAUUAUUCAUCAUUGUCCACUAUGAAAAUCCAUGUGCCCACUAAGUAUUCACAAAGCACAUAAAAGUUUAAUUUUUAAGUAACCAAAACUAAAAUAAAUUGAGUGGGGCUCCUUCGUUGUGACACACCUGCCAUCCAAACAAAUAGAAAAUAUUCUAACCCUGCUCCUGGCAAGGGGAUUACGCCUGAAAAGUAAAUUGAGAAUUGAAAAAAAAAAAAAAAAUCCCCCAAGAAAUGGAAACUUGUCAAACUGAAGAUGGCAUCUCUUGGCCUGUCAGAUUGCAGCUAUUUUUAUAGUUCACAGUUUAGCCAGGCACUACUGGAAUGGGGAAAUCCACUGAGGGCUUGAUCUUACAUCAUUCAAGUCUAUGGGAGUUUUCUAUUGAUUUGAAUGGGAGUAGGAUCGAGCCCAUCCACAGCAUAAAUGUGUCUUGCUUUCCUCUUUAUAACAGCAAACAAAAGCAUUCCUAGCACAUCAAUCCACUAGUGAAAGUAGCACUGUUACCUUAAUUGAAAAAUAAACUUAUUUUAGGCCUCCAAGGGUGUGGCUAUGCUGCAAUUAGAAGCCUGAGCAUGGACACUGCAAUUCAACAGUCCCUUAGCCCUGGCCAGCUACAGGAUUUUCAUUGCAGCAUAGACAUAUCCUAAGGGCCUUGACUGCAGCACAGCCCCACUGCAGUCAUGGAGCUAGGCUGAUUUUUCACUAGCUGCAAUCCCUGCUGCUUUACGUUUGUACUGACCACACUAAUUUUAACUGUAAUCUCUUUGGGGGGGGACACUUUUCCUAUAGGUAUUGUGCAUACCAUUAUUAACUAAGUCACAUUUUAGAAGACUUCAUUUUUACUAUUGCUUAUUUGAACCAGGGCAUUGUCUAUGCUUAGACACACAGCUUCAUUAAUAGCAGUAGGAUAAAGAAAGGUGAAUUACAGUUGACUGUGUUAAGUGCUUACAGCCCACAGAAGCAUUAGUACACGGAGGAAGGAGGCAGUUUGCUAACUGCAGAGGAGCAGAAUUGUUCUCAGUACACUGGAGGCUAAUUAAGCCACAGUUACCUAAUGAGGGUGGCCUCUUGCACAGAUUUCAUUGAUUUUCAAGUCUAUGAACUCAUAACUCCUCAUGAAACUGAAAAUCACUAGUUAUCUCACC